AUGAAGGUCACCUACAACCUCAGUGGCGUGACACAGGCCCUGGAGAAGAUCCUUGCGGAUAAUGGGGUCAACUCGAUUCAACAGCGCAUGAAGGUGAAUCCCAACGAUGGCUCCUAUGACCUGGAUUAUAACCUCAGCCUUGCUAAACUGAUCAAGACCAGGAGGCGCCUUCCGGCUGGCACACCACAGACACUGACACACCCUCUUGGGAAGUAUAUAUCUACAAGUUGGACGUAUGCAACAGAUUCGACCCUAGAGAUGAAGCCGAAGAUCAUGAUCCGCCUCGACAACGGCUGGGAUUUGGGCGCCCAGAGGAUCUUAUCGUCGUAUUCUCCUACCCUUUCUCGACGAGCACGCGACGCCGUUGGCGCUGCAGUCCAGCCUGGGCCAGUGCAGUCGGCCUACUCCAAACCCCUACUGGUGGUGGAUACCAACUGGCCCGAGUCUUGCCCAAACACCGACACUGCUUUCCCCGCCAACCUGAGGCCGAUUUCCUUCUCCGGACAGAAGACGCUCUUGCAGCAGGUGGCCGCGGCGGUGGAGGACACCACUGAGGGCGUGGGACUGUACUACUGGAAACCGGCCUGGGUGGACAAUGCGGGGCUAGGGCCCAGCUGCAUCGACUACCAUAGCUCCCAGGUACGGGAGAGUGUGACGGUGUUUAGGUUCAUUUAG